UUGGUGGGUUUUCCCAUUUGAAGCUAUUGAAUCCUUAGCAGUUCAUUUGAUGUGGGUAGCAGCUGCUACAUAUUGUGCAUUACUGGCUCCGAAAAAUCUUUUGGCAACACUAAUUGGUGUUUCAGGAAUGUGCCAUUUCAGUCUUGGUCGUGGAAGUGGAAGUUUCAUAGGAGGCCUAUUAAUAGGUUCAUUUGGAACUAGACAAUCGUUUAGACUAAUGGGACUUUUGGGAGUUGUUAGUGGAAUAAUUUAUGGAUUAAUGCAUUGCAUGUGGUUACAUAAAUUUGAAGACCAAACUAAGCCUGAAAAAUCUGGUAAAUAGAUCAUUAUAUAAUAAGAUUUGUUUACUUGUAGUUAAUAUUUAAAAUUAAAAAAAUAUAAAAAAUUACUGUAAAAUCGCUAAUAUGUAUUUUGAAAACAAUGUUACCAUCAUUAUAGAUA